CGUUCAGAACCCUGUAGAGGGAUGAAAAAACAACAACAAAGCUUAUAGUGAGAGGAAGAUUUACUGUUCCUGUGAUUCUGGGAACGCUGGUCUCUGGACGAGUUCUGGUGGAUGGGGGCUGCCAAAAACACAGUGUGUGUGUGUUCUGAGGAAGUUCCUUUCAGUCUCCCGGGAACAGACAGACAGGCUCAGAUUCCUCACACUAAUCUGGCUCCAUGAAGAUGUUUGCCUAGAGACCAAAGGAGUGCCGGUAGUUUUAUAGUUUCCAUGGAGUAUUAGUUACCAAGGAGUCAUAUUUAAAUCAAUGUGGGCUGAAGUAUAUCAUUUGUCAAGAAAGGAUCGAGAAGAGAGCGAAGAUCGUCUCAGAAGAGCUAGACCGAUAUUCGCCUCUCCGCUCCCCCGCUCCUCAUCCUCUCCUACUCCUCCCUCUCCUCUCCUCUACUCUCCUCCUCUCUCUCCUCCUCUCUCCUCUCCUCCCUCUGAUUUGAGUACAACAUAACUGCAGUCCCUCCCACUCACAACCUGUCCAUGUGCUAGCCCUGCGUAGGCUGAGAGGGCAGCCGGAAACAAGAAUGUUCUUAUUUUUAUCCAACCAAUAUCCCCCUCACAUAUUUCCUGUAUGUGGUUGUUAUAGCAACGCUAGAACAUGGAGUUUUGCUGUAGCUGUUGUGGUUGUUAUAGUAACGCUAGAGCAUAGAGUUGCUGCUGUAGCUGUUGUGGUUGUUUAUAGUAACCUAGAACAUGGAGUUCUGCUGUAGCUGUUGUGGUUGUUAUAGUAACGCUAGAGCAUAUGAGUUCUGCUGUACUGUUGUGGUUGUUAUAGUAACGCUAGAACAUGGAGUUCUGCUGUAGCUGUUGUGGUUGUUAUAGUAACGCUAGAACAUGGAGUUCCUCUGUAUCUGUUGUGGUUGUUAUAGUAACACUAGAGCAUAGAGUUAUGCUGUAGCUGUUGUGGUUGUUAUAGUAACACUAGAGCAUAGAGUUAUGCUGUAUCUGUUGUGGUUGUCAUAGUAACGCUAGAACAUGGAGUUAUGCUGUAGCUGUUGUGGUUGUUAUAGUAACACUAGAGCAUAGAGUUAUGCUGUAUCUGUUGUGGUUGUCAUAGUAACGCUAGAACAUGGAGUUCUGCUGUAGCUGUUGUGGUUGUUAUAGUAACACUAGAGCAUGGAGUUCCUCUGUAUCUGUUGUGGUUGUUAUAGUAACGCUAGAGCAUAGAGUUCUGCUGUAUCUGUUGUGGUUGUUAUAGUAACGCUAGAACAUGGAGUUCUGCUGUAGCUGUUGUGGUUGUUAUAGUAACGCUAGAACAUGGAGUUCCUCUGUAAUGUUGUGGUUGUUAUAGUAACACUAGAGCAUAGAGUUAUGAUGUAGCUGUUGUGGUUGUUAUAGUAACGCUAGAACAUGGAGUUCUGCUGUAGCUGUUGUGGUUGUUAUAGUAACGCUAUAACAUGGAGUUCUGCUGUAGCUGUUGUGGUUGUUAUAGUAACGCUAGAACAUGGAGUUCCUCUGUAUCUGUUGUGGUUGUUAUAGUAACGCUAGAGCAUAGAGUUAUGCUGUAGCUGUUGUGGUUGUUAUAGUAACGCUAGAGCAUAGAGUUCUGCUGUAGCUGUUGUGGUUGUUAUAGUAACGCUAGAGCAUAGAGUUCUGCUGUAGCUGUUGUGGUUGUUAUAGUAACGCUAGAACAUGGAGUUCCGCUGUAUCUGUUGUGGUUGUUAUAGUAACGCUAGAGCAUUGGAGUUCCUCUGUAGCUGUUGAAUUCUCAUAGUUUUGGAAUGAUAUACGUACACACACCACACACACACACACGCACACCACCACAACACACACCACACAACACACCACACCACACACACACACACACACUCUUCAGCACCAACUACUUUGUUUAUGAAAUAAUCCCUAGUUCCUUCCCUUGCUGAUUCUCCUAGCUCCUUGUUUUACAUUACAUUACAUUUUAGUUAGCAGACCUCUAUCCAAGCGACUUACAUGUAGUGAAACAUAUUAUUUUUAAACUGGCCCCCCGUGGAUCGAACCCACAACCCUGGCGUUGCAAACGCCAGCUCUACAACUGCGCUACACCCUGCCGGCCAUUCCCUCCCCUACCCUGGACGACGCUGGGCCAAUUGUGCCCCCCAUAGUCUCCGGUCGCGCCGCUGCGACAAGCCUGAUUCGAACCAGAUCUCUAGUGCACUUAGCCUGCGAUGCAGUGCCUUAGACCACUGCGCCACUCAGGGAUGAUGUCAUUGUAAACUCAGAUUUAUUAGCGUCCAACAAAACAUCUCAUAUGACCUUCAGUUUUUAUUAAAACAAUGUCUCCAUUGAACCCAGACUGUAAAUAUCACUGCUCUCCAGGUCACUGUGCACAACUCACUGCACCCUCACCUGUGAUUGGGUAAAGCUACAUUCAGAAACCUCUCUGAAUUUUCUGUGCAAACAAACAAUGUGUAAUGGAAAUAAUAUCCUGAUUAUGGCAUCAAGUCUGAACGUUACCCAUUUUCCAAACUGGAAAUGUUUAGAUACUGCAUGUAUGCUAAUCCUUCUGUAUCGUUUGAUCUUGUAUUGUUUCAAUAGUCUCAUUUUAGCUGAGCGCUGAGCGGUGGGCGUCUUCAUAUCCCUCCCCUGAGGAAGACAUUUGAGAGCACCUGCACUCUGAAAGCAGACUUUAGCAGGCAGCCAGCUUUGAUGAAUGUGCUGUAGUGCGGUUUGGGGUGUGCGUCUGAAAUGGCCCCUAUUCCCUAUAAAUCCCCCACAGGAGCUCUGAUCAAAAGAAGGGCACUCGGUAAUAGGGGACCAUUUUGGAUGCACACUUCAAACCACACACACUACAGCACAUUCAUCAAAGUCUGCUCUCAGAGUGCAGGUGCUGGGACUCGGACUCUGUAUCAUGUUCCCCACAGCUCUCACUCCCCUGGGGAUGAGAUAUUCUCCAUACCUCAGCCAGCUACCUUAGAGCACUUCUAAACUACUUCCAUUUAUCAGCCUGGCUAAACACCUGCACACUAUAGCUAGCUUACCCCAGAGUGCUAGUUCAACUUCAAACUAAGUAUGUUAUUAACAUGCAGUUACUUCUUGCACUUAGAGCACAGGAGGGUUGGUGGCACCUUAAUUAGGGAGGACGGGCUCGUGGCAAUUGCUGGAGAAGAAUGUGUGGAAUGGUUUCAAAUACAACGCCAUUCCAUUCGCUCCGUUCCAGCCAUUACUGUGAGCUGUCCUCCCCUUCAGCAGCCCCCACUGAUUUAGAGCAAUUGUUAAAGAAAAAAGCAGCUUUUCUUUUGAACAAUAUUUUACUGUAAACAAAUUGGCAACAGACUUUCAGCACGCUUAUAGGGAAGGACAUUCAACAAGCACGGCACUUACACAAAUGACUGACGAUUGGCUGAGAGAAAUUGACGAUGCAAAUAUUGUGGAAGCUGUUUUGUUAGACUUCAGUGCGGCUUUUGACAUUAUUGAUCAUAGUCUGCUGCUGGAAAAACGUACAGUGUGAUUGAAUCAUUAUUAUUUAAGUUCAUUAUCAUUUCUACACACGUUCUAACUGGUUUAAGUCGUUUAUGUUCAGACUGGAGUAUUAUUUCAUGUAAAAAUAUACACUACCAGUAAAAAGUUUGGACACACCUACUCAUUCCAGGGUUUUUCUUUAUUUGUACUAUUUUCUACAAUGUAGAAUAAUAGUGAAGACAUCAAAACUAUGAAAUAACACAUAUGGAAUCAUGUAGUAACCAAAAAAUUGAUAGUCCCACUAAGUCCAAACCAGAUGGGAUGGCAUAUCGCUGCAGAAUGCUGUGAUAGCCAUGCUGGUUAAGUGUGCCUUGAAUUCAAAAUAAAUCACAGACUGUGUCACCAGCAAAGCACCCCCACACCAUAACACCUCCUCCUCCAUGCUUUACGGUGGGAAAUACACAUGCGGAGAUCAUCCGUUCACCCACACCGCGUCUCACAAAGCCACAGCAGUUGGAACCAAAAAUCUCAAAUUUGGACUCCAGACCAAAGGACAAAUUUCCACCGGUCUAAUGUCCAUUGCUCGUGUUUCUUGAAUAAAGCCAGUGUGUCUAUGUAUGCGGACGACUCAACACUAUACACGUCAGCUACUAUAGCGAGUGAAAUCACUACAACACUUAACAAAGAGCUGCAGUUAGUUUCAGAAUGGGUGGCAAGGAAUACGUUAGUCCUAAAUAUUUCAAAAACUAUAAGCAGUUCCUAAAUCUCAACUAAAUCUUGUAAUAAAUAAUGUGGAAAUUGAGAAAGUUGAGGUGACUAAACUGCUUGGAGUAACCCUGGAUUGUAAACUUUCAUGGUCAAAACAUAUUGAUACAACAGUAGCUAAGAUGGGGAGAAGUCUGUCUAUAAUAAAGCGCAGCUCUGCCUUCUUAACAACGCUAUCAACAAGGCAGGUCCUACAGGCCCUAGUUUUGUCGCACCUGGACUACUGUUAGGUGCCACAAAGAGGGACCUCUGAAAAUUACAAUUGGCUCAGAACAGGGCAGCACGGCUGGCCCUUAAAUUGAAUUUUCCCUCAUGGGACAACAUGCAAUUUAUCCGGCUGUGAUUAAUGGUGCCCCACGGAGCACGCAAACGUAACACUAGUAAGCUGCGGUGGUGAUUAGUUUCUCCUAGUAUAAGUAUAAUAGUGUAGUGAUAGAUAUAUAUAGGCUAGUAGCUUGCUGUUGGUGUGUAGAUUAAUAUAUAGGCUAGUAGCUUGCUGUUGGUGUGUAGAUUAAUAGAUAGGCUAGUGGCUUGCUCAUUUGGCGACAUUUAUAUUGUGCUGAUGGUUUGUCCUUACUGGACCCAACAGACAGUAUCUGGUGUGUAAACAUAAACCUUGUGGGUGUCGUCUCCUUUUAGAUCGGCUGUCUUUGUCUCUGUGAGUCACGAGGAGCUGCAGCAUGCAGACAUAAUAUUAAUAAGAAAUAAAUAUGGAAGAUGUUGUGACCAUCGCAGCCCAGCAUCCCACCCCCUUCUGACUCAGACGGUUGCAUUGAGUUCGUGUGUGUGUGUGUGUGUGUGUGUGUGUGUGUGUGUGGUGUGUGUGUGUGUGUGUGUGUGUGUGUGUGUGUGUGUGUGUGUGUGUGUGUGUGUGUGUAUUUCAGACAUUACAUAUAGUAUUUGCAUAUAAGAUUUAUACAUUUGGGCUCAUUACAUUUUUUAUGGAUUGAAUAAUUCAUUGUUAUCAAAAAGCUGAAUAUAAAGCUGAAUAUAUAAUGUGAUAAUAUACUGUUUUCCUUAGAUGGUCUCUGUCUGUUUUGCGAUGCAGUUGUUUAUAAUACUGUUAGUACUGUGGCCAGUUAGCAGUGCACCAUGUAUGUGUCUCUGUUUGUCAUUUCAGUGAGAAGUUUAUGGUGAGACUGAACAAGAAUGAAGGUCUCAAGAACCCAGACAAGGUUGAUCGUUGGUGUGCUCUGUUCACGGUAAGCUGUCCAAACAAACACACACACACACACACACACACACACACACACACACACACGCAGUAAACUGUACAUACAAACAAACACACACAUUUUUUAUGAUCAUCAAACAAUCGUUCACAUAAUGGUAAUGGGGUUUAUUAUCUCUGACAUCACUAACACACGUGUUCACCUCUUUACUGUGCAGGAUUUAAGCAAUAAGGACAUGAAGCGGGACCUGUAUAUCGUUUCACAAGUCAUCAGAACCGGUAAGCUACUCUUUCUUGGAUGUUCAAUGGCCGUGUCACAAAUGUCACCAUAUUCCCAAUAUAGUGCAUUACUUUUGACCAGGGCUCUAAGGGCCCUAUGUAGUGCACUUUAUACUGUAGUAUAUUAUUAUUAUUAUUAUUAUUAUUAGUAUAUAUUAGUAUAUAUUAUUCACUGUAGGGAAUAAGGUGCCAUUUUGGUCUCAGUGAAGCAGAACACAGAGACAGUAAAGCAGUACACUGUUUUAGGUUUCUUAAUUUGAGGAAAUGGGCUCGUGUCACCUUGCUGUGUCCCCAGCAUCUCAAGUGGCCUGACUUGUGUUAACUCUUGCACUGUGUCAUCUCUCUGGUUGGCUCUAAGGGCUCUUUUUCUCCUUCUAUCAUACGUUUUGUAGUCCUACAUCUAUCUGUAAAUUCAAUGUUUUAUACAAAGCAUUCAGAGUAAUCCGUCCCACUGAUUCUCUUCCUCUGUUAAGUUACUCCAGUAUCUUAGUACAGUUCUUCUUCUGGCUGUUUGUCUUACAGAUCUACAGAUUCCGAAUCUUAAUUUGACCCAGUUUCUAACACAGAAAAAUUAUCCUGCAGCAACAUGAAAUGUGAAUUAUUAUCUGGAUUAUAAUUAAUGGAUGUUUUUUGUAGCGGUUGAUAUAUUUUUUUGUUAGGGCAAAUCAAGUCUGAAAUUUCAAAGUGGAAAUUACAAACUUCAGAAGCUUUUUUAAUAGUGCUGAGUGAUUAGUGAUUUUUGAGGUCAGUUCGGGUUUGGUUCGAUUAUUUAAAAAAUAAUUACGGUUUUUUCGAUUUCGUUUUUUUACAUUAAAUGCACUAUGCAUUAUGUGGGUUGAAUUCUGUAACUACACAGAGUGUCACGACUUCCUCCGAGGCUGCCUCCCCUCCUUGUUCGGGCAGGUUUUCAGCGUUCGUCGUCACCGGCUUACUAGCUGCUGCCGAUCCAUUUAUCAUCACUCCACUUGUCUUGUCCAAUUUAUCACACACACCUGGUCCUUAUCCCCAAUUAGUAAUUGUAUAAGUGUUCCCUCUGCUUCCUUGUCUGUGUGGGUGAUUGUUUGUAGUGAGCUGUGUGUAGCUCGGUUGAGCUACCCUUACCUCGUGGUUGCCAGGGUAGAUAUUUCCCCUGUGCCUGAGUUUUGUUGUCGCAUGCUUGCGCAACUGUUUAUCGACGGAAUGACUCCUUCUAUCACACACAUCACACAGAGUAAAACAAUUCAUUCAAGUUCCAUGAUGGUAGUGACUGCCCAUUACUGCUUAUCACUUAUUAACCAUCAUUUAUUCACAUUACUUUCCUUUAAUAAAAUAUUUCAGUUGUUGUGUAUAUAACAUUUGUUUUAUUUUAUUUUAUUUUAUUUAUUAGGAUCUCCAUUAGCGGACGCCAAUGGCGACAGCUAGACUUACUGGGGUCCGACACAUAACGAAAAAUACAUUACAGACAAAAGACUUGGUGGAGAGGCGUUGUGCCGUGAGGUGUUGCUAUAUUUGUUUUUUGAAACCAGGUUUGCUGUUCACUUGCGCUAUAUAAGAUGGAAGGGAGUUCCAUGCACUCAUGGCUCUGUAUAAUACUGUACGUGUCCUUGAAUUUGUUCUGGACCUGGGGACUGUGAAAAGACCCCUGGUGGUAUGUCUGGUGGGGUAAGUGUGUGUGUCAGUGCUGUGUGUAAGUUGACUGUACAAACAUUUUUGAAUUUCCAACACAUUAAUGUUUCUUAUAAAAACCAGAAGUGACGCAGUCAGUCUUUUCUGAACUCUUAGCCAAGGGAGACUGGCAUGCAUAGUAAUAAUUUUAGCCCUCUGAUUGCUUUGAAGAACAAGACGUGGCGCUCUGUUCUGGGCCAGCUGCAGCUUAACUAGGUCUUUGCAGCACUUGACCACAUGACUGGACAAUAUACUGUAAGAGAAGACAAAACUAGAGCCUGCAGGAGUUGCUUUGUGGAGUGUGGUGUCAAAAAAGCAGAGCAUCUUUUUAUUACGGACAGACCUCUCCCCAUCUUUACAACUAUUAAACCUAUAUGUUUUAACCAUGACAGUUUACAGUCUAAGGUAACACCAAGUAAUUUAGUCUCCUCAACUUGUUCAACAGCCAUUCAUUAACAGAUUCAGCUGAGGUCUAGAACUAAAAAUACAAUGCUCUUAGUUUUAGAGAUGUUCAGGACCAGUGUAUUACUGGUCACCCAUUCCAAACCAGACCGCAACUCUUUAAGGGUUUCAGUGACUUCAUUAGCUGUGGUUGCUGAUGCGUAUACGGUGUACAUGGACACACAUGCUUUGUUUAAUGCCAGGCAUUUGUGUCAGUGCAGUACAUUGUGAGUGCCCUUCUCUAUAAGCAUGCUGAAAGUAUGUUGUUCAUUUGUUUACAGAGACAUAGCAUUGUAUUUGGUCGAACACAAUUUUUUUUCAACUGUUUGCUAAGAGCUGGCAGCAAGCUGAUUGGUUGGCUGUUAGAACCAGUAAAGGCCGCUUUACCACUCUUGGGUAGCGGAAUGACUUUGACUUCCCUCCAGGCCUGAGGACAAAUACUUUCCUCUAGGCUCAGAUUAAAGAUAUGACAAAUAGAAGUGACUAUAGAGUCAGCUACCAUCCUCAGUAGCUUUCCAUCUAUGUUGUCAAUGUCAGGAGGUUUGUCAUUAUUGAUCAACCACACUAACUUUACAAAAUUCAAACUUACAAUGCUUUUCUUUCAUUAUUAGUUUUUUUAUGUAUGAGUACGAUGGCUCACUGUUCAUUGUUGGCAUUUCCUGCCUAAGUUUGCCCACUUUGCCACUUAAGUAAUCAUCAGAAUAAUUGGUCACAUCAAAUGGUUUGUGAUCAAUAAGCCAUCUGAUUCGAUGACAAAAUGGAGUUGAAUUUGUCUUUCUGCCCAUAAUUUCAUUCCAAGUACUCCAAAGUGUUUUUAGAUCAUCUAUCGUGGCUUCAUAAUACCGUUUCUUUCUUUCUUUCUUCUUUUUGUUGUGUUUAGUCUCAUUUCUCAAUUUGCAGUAAGUCAGCCAGUCAGAUGUGCAGCCAGACUUAUUAGCCAGUCUGUAGAUUACUUUAAUAUUUAAUUCCAAGUCAUCAUCUCAUCUCUAUAGAGCUGCUGCCUAUGUUGUCUGACUAAAUCAAUAUUUUAGUUGUUCUUCAAAGUAAAUAAGGCAUACUUUUUAUGACUGACUGCUGAAUAUCAACUAUCAAUCACUUAGAUCAUGUAUUAUCAGGUAGAGAUACCUCAUGAAGUAACUGCUCUCUAUCCCUCAAUGAAAUGCAAUUCCAAUAAUUGAACCGACAUUGGUCAAUUAGUUGUUUAAUUUCAGGUAAUUGCUCAGCACUACUUUUUAAACCUCGAAUACACAGUUACUCCUUAGACAACAGGAUGAUCAAAUUAACAUACAGUAUAUUGUAGUUCCUGUGUUACUCUCAGAAUCUCACAAAGCUUUUCCUCUACUGUCUGCUCAGACCCAGGUGAUGUUUAGGCUAUGACAGGCAGGCAGACAGACAGACAGACAGACAGACAGACAGACAGACAGACAGACAGACAGACAGACAGACAGACAGACAGACAGACAGACAGGCAGGCAGGCAGGCAGGCAGGCAGGCAGGCAGGCAGACAGACAGACAGACAGACAGACAGACAGACAGACAGACAGACAGACAGACAGACAGACAGACAGACAGACAGACAGGCAGACAUACUGCAACACACGCACACAGACAGACUAACUGCUGUGACCACAGAGCAGAUGCUGUCACUGCUGUGUGUUCUGUGUUCCCCUUCACACCUUCAGACAGGACUAUUAAUGUUAUAGACACACUUUCAGACAGGACUAUUAAUGUUAUAGACACACCUUCAGGCAGGACUACCCAUGUUAUAGACACACCUUCAGACAGGACUAUUAAUGUUAUAGACACACCUUCAGACAGGACUAUUAAUGUUAUAGACACACUUUCAGACAGGACUAUUAGUAUAGACACACCUUCAGACAGGAUACCCAUGUUAUAGACACACUUCAACAGGACUAUAAUGUUAUAGACACACCUUCAGACAGGACUACCCAUGUUUAGACAACCUUCAGACAGGACUAUUAAGUUAUAGACACACCUUCAGACAGGACUACCCAUGUUAUGACCACACUUCAGACAGGACUAUUAAUGUUAUAGACACACCUUCAGACAGGACUACCCAUGUAUAGACACACCUUCAGACAGGACUAUUAAUGUUAUAGACACACUUCAGACAGGACUAUUAAUGUUAUAGACACACCUUCAGACAGGACUAUUAAUGUUACAGACACACCUUCAGACAGGACUAUUAAGUUAUAGACACACUUCAGACAGGACUAUAAUGUACAGACCACCUUCAGACAGGACUAUAAUGUAUAGACACACCUUCAGGCAGGACUACCAUGUUAUAGACAACCUUCAGACAGGACUAUUAAUGUAUAGACACACCUUCAGACAGGACAUUAAGUAUAGACACACUUUCAGACAGGACUAUUAAUGUUAUAGACACACCUUCAGACAGGACUACCCAUGUUAUAGACACACCUUCAGACAGGACUAUUAAUGUUAUAGACACACCUUCAGACAGGACUACCCAUGUUAUAGACACACCUUCAGACAGGACUAUUAAUGUUAUAGACACACCUUCAGACAGGACUACCCAUGUUAUAGACACACCUUCAGACAGGACUAUUAAUGUUAUAGACACACCUUCAGACAGGACUACCCAUGUUAUAGACACACCUUCAGACAGGACUAUUAAUGUUAUAGACACACCUUCAGACAGGACUAUUAAUGUUAUAGACACACCUUCAGACAGGACUAUUAAUGUUACAGACACACCUUCAGACAGGACUAUUAAUGUUAUAGACACACCUUCAGACAGGACUAUUAAUGUUACAGACCACCUUCAGACAGGACUAUUAAUGUUAUAGACACACCUUCAGACAGGACUAUCCAUGUUAUACACACUCAGAUAGGCAUAGUUACGUUUGUUUGUCUAGCUACAGUGUUUCACAGCUAGCAUAUUCACACAGGGUUAUUUACGUGUGAGUGUAUCAUGUUUGUCAUGCUAAUGUUUAACCGUAUGAUGUGAUUGAGAUAAGGUAUCGUCUCUGUGUGUGUGUGUGUGUGUGUGUGUGUGUGUGUGUGUGUGUGUGUGUCUGUGUGCAGGUCGGAUGCUGCUGAAUGACUCUAAGAAGGGUCCCCCCCACGUCCAGUACAGAAGGCCAUACGGCUGUGCGGUGUUGGCCAUGAGUGAUGUACUACAGACCAUCUCAGAACUGAAGGAGGAGAAGGACUUCGUUCUCAAAGUCUACACGUGAGUAGCGUACAAACACAUACUUGCACGCACACGAUUGAGGCACGCAUUGCACAUAUAUUAUUACGCGUACACACACACACACACACACACAAAAAAAAACACAUUGUACUCGCUGUAUAUUUCUAUAUUGCCAUUGUUGUAUUUUUAAACAGACUCCAGUCACGUCCUGAUAGCCAUCCACCAUUAGACUCAGACAUAUUAGAAUAGGAAAAACACUUGUAAUACUGAUCGCCUACACAAUAUUCCCCAUCAGCAAUGAACAACUAAUGAUAAACUCCUUCUGGCCAUAGAGAAAUCAACGUGUUAUCAUUGUGAAGCGAUUAUGCCUUAUGUUAAAGCAAUCUGGUUGCAUUUGUUUUGAGGAAGAAUGUGCAUUUGUAAGGCUUUUGUCAUUGGAAAAAAUGCAAUCACAACAGAAAUGGCUGUGUCUUGCUCUGUUGGGCUCAUUAGCCCCUUAUGCUUCCCCGUCACACAGUCUAAAUUGUUUACUAUGGAAAUGAGGCAGAAGUUGAACGCUGAAGAAGUCAGAAUAGAAAACUCACUAACUAUGGAGCUGCUUGCUGUUAAUGUUUCAUUCUCCUUACUCAUUUUCCACAAGUGAAAUUGAACUUGACUGUUAAGCAUUAAGGUUAUGAAAGCACAUUGUAAUAAAUGUUGAUAUAGCUAUGUUUUUUUAAAUAUUUUUUAUUUAUUUAUUUAACCCUUAUUUAACUAGGCAAGUCAGUUAAGAACAAAUUCUUAUUUACAAUGACGGCCUACCAAAAGGCAAAAGUCCUCCUGCGGGGACGGGGGCUGGGAUUAAAAACAUAAAAAAUAAAUAUAGGACCAAACACACAUCACAACAAGAGAGACACCAAACACUACAUAAAGAGAGACACCACAACACUACAUAAAGAGAGACCACAACACUACAUAAAGAGAGAGACCACAACACUACAUAAAGAGAGACCACAACACUACAUAAAGAGAGACGCCACAACACUACAUAAAGAGAGACACCACAACACUACAUAAAGAGAGACACCACAACACUACAUAAAGAGAGACACCACAACACUACAUAAAGAGAGACACCACAACACUACAUAAAGAGAGACACCACAACACUACAUAAAGAGAGACACCACAACACUACAUAAAGAGAGACACCACAACACUACAUAAAGAGACACCACAACACUACAUAAAGAGAGACGCCACAACACUACAUAAAGAGAGACAACACAACACUACAUAAAGAGAGACACCACAACACUACAUAAAGAGAGACACCACAACACUACAUAAAGAGACACCACAACACUACAUAAAGAGACACCACAACACUACAUAAAGAGACACCCACAACACUACAUAAAGAGAGACGCCACAACACUACAUAAAGAGAGACAACACAACACUACAUAAAGAGAGACACCACAACACUACAUAAAGAGAGACACCACAACACUACAUAAAGAGAGACACCACAACACUACAUAAAGAAAGACACCACAACACUACAUAAAGAGACACCACAACACUACAUAAAGAGAGACACCACAACACUACAUAAAGAGAGACACCACAACACUACAUAAAGAGAGACACCACAACACUACAUAAAGAGAGACACCACAACACUACAUAAAGAGACACCACAACACUACAUAAAGAGAGACACCACAACACUACAUAAAGAGAGACACCACAACACUACCAUAAAGAGAGACACCACAACACUACAUAUAGAGAGACACCACAACACUACAUAAAGAGAGACACCACAACACUACAUAAAGAGAGACACCACAACACUACAUAAAGGAGAGACACCACAACAACUACAUAAAGAGAGACCACACAACACUACAUAAAGAGGACACCACAACACUACAUAAAGAGAGGACACCCACAACACUACAUAAAGAGAGACACCACAACACUACAUAAAGAGGACACCACAAACACUACAUAAAGAGAGACACCACAAACACUACAUAAGAGAGGACACCACAACACUACAUAAAGAGAGACACCACCACAACACUACAUAAAGAGAGACACCACAACACUACAUAAAGAGAGACACACACAACAUACAUAAAGAGAGACCACAACACUACAUAAAGAGAGACACCACAACACUACAAAAAGAGAGAACACCACAAACAUACAUAAAGAGAGACACCACAACACUACAUAAAGAAGGACAACCACAACACUACAUAAAGAGAGACACACAACACUACAUAAAGAGAGACAACACAACACUACAAAAGAGAGACAAACAACAUAAUAAAGGAGACUAAGACAACAACAUAGCAUGGCAGCAACACAUGACAACACAUGAUAGCAACACCACAUGACAACAACAUGGUGCAAACAACAUGACAACACAUGGUAGCAACACAACAUGACAACAACAUGAUAGCAACACAACAUGACAACAACAUGGUAGCAACACAGCAUGACAACAACAUGGUAGCAACACAACAUGGCAGCAGCACAACAUGGUAGCAGCACUAGACAUGGUACAGACAUUAUUGGGCACAGACAACAGCACAUAGGGCAAUAAGGUAGAGACAACAAUACAUCACGGAAGCAGCCACAAGUGUCAGUAAGAGUGUCCAUGAUUGAGUCUUUGAAUGAAGAGAUGGAGAUAAAACUGUCCAGUUUGAGUGUUUUUUGCAGCUCGUUCCAGUCGCUAGCUGCGAACUGGAAGUAGGGCUUUAGAUACAUUUGUUUGAAAUGUUUGAUUGAUUGAUGUAUUGAUUGAUUUAAUAAUUGAUUGAUUUAACUCUACUUUAAGCUGAGAUGUUCAGAAAAUGCAUCUACUGUAUUUGUGAACUAGUUGUCGUCUAAAAUGCUGGUUUUAAAACAAAUAUGACAGUCAAUCCUUGAAGAAAAGUCCUCAUAUUCAACAUCAUAGCCCUGUGGAGAAUGGCAGUCUUCCCUUGUCUUUCAGUGCAGUGAGGCAGAACACAAACAGACCAGAACAGGUUGAACCUUUUGUUACCAUUGGCACCAAAGGGAUUGGAUCAGAGCAGGGGGUGGCAGUGAAGUGAUUAUGCUGGCUAGGAGCUAAUCAGCUGAAAUUGACUGGAGGGAGUCCUGGACUGUAGUUACUGUGGUUCUGUGGCAGUCAGGUGAGAGGUAUCACAGUCUCUCUCUCUCUCUCGCUCUCUCUCUCUCUCUCUCUCUCUCUCUCUCUCUCUCUCUCUCUCUCUCUCUCUCUCUCUCUCUCUCUCUAACUAUCUCUGUGUCUCUCUCUCGCUCUCUCUCUGUGUCUCUAUCUCUCUCUGUGUCUCUCUCUCGCUCUCUCUCUGUGUCUCUAUCUCUAUCCUUGGAGAUCCUUGGAGACAGGCUCUGUGCUCUCUGUAUUAGGAUGAGGUAUCCUUGGAGAUCCUUGGAGACAGGCUCUGUGCUCUCUGUAUUAGGAUGAGGUAUCCUUGGAGAUCCUUGGAGACAGGCUCUGUGCUCUCUGUAUUAGGAUGAGGUAUCCUUGGAGAUCCUUGGAGACAGGCUCUGUGCUCUCUGUAUUAGGAUGAGGUAUCCUUGGAGAUCCUUGGAGACAGGCUCUGUGCUCUCUGUAUUAGGAUGAGGUAUCCUUGGAGAUCCUUGGAGACAGGCUCUGUGCUCUCUGUAUUAGGAUGAGGUAUCCUUGGAGAUCCUUGGAGACAGGCUCUGUGCUCUCUGUAUUAGGAUGAGGUAUCCUUGGAGAUCCUUGGAGACAGGCUCUGUGCUCUCUGUAUUAGGGUGAGGUAUCCUUGGAGAUCCUUAGAGACAGGCUCUGUGCUCUCUGGGUAUUUGGUUAGAUUAUGUAGAGGUGAGAUGAGAGGUGGUCUGUGAAGUCUCCGCUGCCCCUCUCUCUCACACACACACACACACACACACACACACACACACACACACACACAUUUUAAAUAUCUUAUUCAAAUCCACCAAUCACAUUUACAUUUAAAAAGGAUCCAAACAUUUCAAAGGUCCCUGUAUGCAUGGCACUCAAGGGUACAGAAAGCACCUCCUUCUCCAAACAGCGAGGCUGCCCACGACAGCUGAAACAGAGUAGAACCUAGUCAACUGCUUUGCCCUACUUUUUGGUCUGGAGGCCACACACUGAAAGCCUAUGGACAAAUAUCAGCGCCACCAGCUUGCACCUACACCCGAGGCUGUCCAAGCAUGCCACGAGGGGCUGGUAUUUAAGCAGCUUCUCUGCAAAGGCCUGCACUCACACACACACACACACACACACACACACACACACACACACACACACACACACACACACACACACACACACACACUGACCCCCAGCCCCGAGCCCCUACCCAGCAUGUCAUCCUUCACACUUUUAUCCACUCUGCUGCUUUCCAAUAAGGUGUAAGUGAUCCUUCCCAGAGUGCUGUGCAGCACAUCUAUCUCACCAGCCCAGGGCUCUUAGUGGGACAUAUCCAUAUCACUGAGGUCAUGGAGAAGAGAGGUCUUGUGUUUGUGUGUGUGUUUGUGUGUGUGUGUGUGUGUGUGUGUGUGUGUGUGGUGUGUGUGUGUGUGUGUGUGUGUGUGUGUGCAUGUGCAUGUGUUGAUGAGGUAUGAGAGAAAGAGAACUAGAGACCAGUUAGAGGACAGACAGACAGACAGACACAGACAGACAGGCAGACAGACAGACAGAGACAGACAGACAGGCAGACAGACAGACAGGCAGACAGGCAGGCAAACACAUACAGACAGACAGACAGAUAGGCGGACAGGCAGACUGCAGGAAUAUAGCUAGCUAGCAGGAUCUCACUCACUCAUGCACUGCAGUAGUCUUGGACAGUGACAGAUCAUGAUGCUGAAUACUGCAGUAGUCUUGGACAGUGACAGAUCAUGAUGCUGAAUACUGCAGUAGUCUUGGUGUCACGUCUCCUCCCGUUGCUCCCCUCCUGCGCUCUGAUUCGCCGUUCUACUGAGCCACCGGUCUGAGCGCACCACCUCGGCAACACCGGAAUGGAAACCCAACGCACCCUAAUCACCUCCAGCGCACCUGCACCUCGUCAUCUCAUCACCACCCCCUAUAUAGCCCUGGACUGUUCAGUGUUGUGUUGUGUGUGAUUGUUAGUGUCUGGUCGUGUACUCGCACUUCGUUGUUCUCUUCCAAAGUGUUAAGUAAACCUUUACAUUGUUGAUUCCUGUUUCUGCUUCCUGCUUCUUCGUAUCCUCAGUACUCGUCACAGAAUCACACACCAAUCACGAAGAUAGAUGCAGCAGGUAAUCCUCCUGGAGUUUCCCAGCGCCACAAUCUAGCACCAGCAGCAGAUUGCCCAGCUAAACGCAGCCAUACAGGAAGUGCUCCAAACGCUGCAUAAACUGACCAUCGCUCCGGUUCCACCUCAGGGAGCGGCGAGUGCACCCAGUCCCCCUCCACCUGUGCUAUCACCAACGUCUGAGGGACCCCUCGCCCUGCCGGAGAGGCUUCCUGCUACAGGUCUCACUGUAUCUGGUGCGUCAGCGUGGGGCAUCUCCAUCGGACCAAGCCAGGAUAGUGCUGGUGAUUUCGCUACUGAAGGGAAAGGCGCUGGAUUGAGCCACGGCAGUCUGGGAAGGAGGUGAGGCCGCGGCGCUUCCCUACUCCACCUUCCUCGCUCGGUUCAGGGAGGUGUUCGAUCAUCCCACGGAGGGAAACAACAGGGAGAGGAGGCCGAGUUCGAGUACGGCCUUCAGGAGAGGCUUACGGGAGGACAUCACGACGGAACUCGGAUGUCGGGACAACAAGAUGGAUCUUGAUACCCUCAUCGCCACGUCUAUUCGUCUUUACGACAUGUUGAGAGACCGACAGCGUUCCCAACACCUCCCGGAGCCUCGACGCUCACCCCAUCUGAGCUAUGGAAGCCGCCCUGCCUCCGAGUCCUCACCCAUGGAGGUGGGCAGAAUCCCCUACACCACCACGGACCACAGAUCUCCUGGCGGCUCCCUAUCUAGGCAGUAUGACUCCCGUCGCUGCUCUGUGAGUGUUCCGUCAUCACCUGUCACCAAACCAUUGUUUUUAGUUCCCCUAACGGUGAAUGGUUCUUCCUUCACUUCACUUUCCACGGCAAUGAUAGAUUCCGGAUCAGUGGGGAACCUUAUUGAUAGGGAGUUGGUCUCUGAUUGGGGGUUGCCCACAGUGCCAUUGCCUUCUCCGCUACACGUCACCUCGCUAGACAAUAAACCACUUGGAUCAGGCAUUACGCACGUCACUCUCCCCAUCACCAUCACCAUUCCCACACUACCGGAGCACCACGAGGAGCUGUCAUUCCACAUCGUCAUGUCACCCCUUCACCGGAUCGUCUUGGGAUUGCCCUGGCUCAGACUACACAACCCCACUAUCAAUUGGAUCACCAAGAGGAUCACAGCCUGGUCCCCCUCAUGCCGGAGGACCUACCUGCCGGUGGUUUGUAGUUCCACGUUAGUGGAGAGUCCGGAGUCCGCCCUCCAGCCCAACAUUUCACGUGAGUACGCAGAUCUCUCCGAUUUCUUCUCUGCCUCCAAGGCUAAGUGUCUUCCUCCUCACAGGCCCUGGGACUGCGCCAUUGACCUGCUGGAGGGACAACACCCCCCGAAGAGUCGCAUUUACUCCCUCUCCAUAGCGGAGACUGAGGCCAUGGAGAAGUAUGUGGCGGAGACCCUGAAACAGGGGUUCAUCAGACGCUCUACCUUUCCUGCCUCCGUCAGCUUCUUCUUCGUGGCCAAAAAAGACAGAGGACUGAGGCCGUGCAUUGACUACUGGGGGCUGAACGCAGUCACCACCAAGUACCGGUACCCCCUCCCUCUGGUUCCGUCGGCCAUCGAGCAGCUGCGAGGGGCCCGGUACUUUACAAAGUUGGACCUGAGGAGUGCCUACAACCUGAUCCGAAUCCGGGAAGGAGACGAGUGGAAGACGGCAUUCAGCACUACCUCAGGCUACUAUAAAUACUGCGUCAUGCCCUACGGCCUCGCCAAUGCACCUUCCGUGUUCCAGUCCUUCGUCAAUGACAUGUUCCAAGACAUGCUGAGUAGACAGGUGGUGGUGUACAUCGACAAUAUCCUGAUCUACUUGGCUAUGUUCGAGGAGCACGUCAGGGACGUCCGAGCGGUCCUACUCCGCCUCCGGGAACACAGCCUGUUGGUGAAGGGGGAGAAAUGCGAAUUCCACCAACAGGCCAUCUCCUUCCUGGGAUACAGGAUCAGUCCUCAGGGGGUGUUCAUGGAAAGAGCGAAGACGGAUGCCUUCAGGUCAUGGCCAGUCCCCACCACCAUCAAGGGCCUACAGAGCUUCCUGGGCUUCGCAAAUUUCUACCGGCAUUUCAUCAGGUCCUUCAGCUCCAUAGCCGCCCCUCUCACCUCUCUCCUUAAGGGUGGGCCUCAGAAACUGGCCUGGAACCCUGAGGUUGACGCUGCUUUCAAGAGGCUGAAAAAGAGGUUUACCACAGCGCCCAUCCUAAAACAUCCAGAUCCAGCUUGUCCUUUCAUCCUGGAGGUGGACACAUUUGAGGAGGGCGUGGGUGGGGUCCUCUCCCAGCGGCAAGGUAAGCCAGAGAAAAUGUAUCCCUGUGCCUUUUUCUUGAAAAAGCUUACUCCCGCAGAGAGGAACUAUGGAGUUGGAGACAGGGAGCUGUUGGCGGUGGUCCUUGCUCUGUAGGAAUGGAGACACUGGUUGGAGGGCGCAGUCCAUCCAUUCCGGAUUGUCACUGACCACCUGAAUUUGGAGCACAUACGGGCAGCAAAACGGAUGAACUCUCGUCAAGCCAGGUGGGCCCAAUUUCUUACUCGCUUUCAGUUCAUUCUGUCCUACUGCCCAGGAUCCCAGAAUGUGAAAGCCGACGCACACUCCAGAAUGCACCAUACCGGAGAAAGGAAGGAUCUGGGGGGUUCUAUCCUGCCUCCGUCACUCAUCGUGGCACCUGUUGUUUGGGAUGUGGAUGAAGACAUCCGCCGGGCGGCUCAGAAGGACCCAGCGCCUGCCAACGCCCCUCCGAGGCGUGGGUAUGUACCCACCAGGGUCCGUGACCGCCUGCUGAUCUGGGCGCACACCACCCUAAUGGCAGGGCAGUCCGGUAUUACGCUCACCCUACAUUCUCUCUCGCAAAAAUACUGGUGGUCAUCUUGGCUACUGAUGUCUCCUGCUAUAUCAACUCCUGUUCCGUAUGUGCCCAAACAAAGACACCUCGGAACGCCCCGGCAGGCAAACUAGUUCCUCUCCCAGUGCCUCAGUGACCUUGGUCACACCUGUCCAUAGACUUUGUCACCAACCUCCCACGUUCUGACGGCUUCACCACAGUCCUGGUGGUCGUAGAUUGGUUCUCCAAAUCAUGCCGUUUUUUGCCACUAACUGGUCUUCCUUCUGCUCUCCAGGUCGCUGAGGUCCUGUUCCAACAGGUCUUCCGGCAUUAUGGACUUCCAGAGGACAUUAUAUCGGACCGUGGCCCCCAAUUCACCUCCUGAGUGUGGAAGGCUUUCCUGGAGAAGAUCGGGGCCAUGGCCAGCCUCACUUCCGGGUAUAGGCCUCAGUCGAAUCGGCAGGUGGAGCACAUGAACCAGGAGCUGGGGAGGUUUCUCCGUUGCCACUGUCAGGACCGGCAGGGUGAGUGGGCGAGGUUUCUUCUCUGAGCAGAAUAUGCCCAGAACUCCCUCGUUCACUCCUUCACGGGGCUCACUCCCUUCCAGUGCGUCCUUGGGUACCAGCUGGCCCCUUGGACACCCAGCCAGACCGAUCCGCCCGCUGUCGACUAAUGGUUCCGCAAAGCCGGACAGGUCUGGGACGUCGCCCAUGUCCAUCUCCGGAGGGCCAUUCGUCAGCAGAAAUACCAAGCUGACCGCCACCACAGUGAGGCCCCCGUAUUCAAGCUUGGUGAUCGUGUCUGGCUGUCCAUUGAAAACAUCCCUCUCCGCCUGCCCUGAAAGAAACUGAGCCCCUGGUUUGUGGGGCCGUUUAAGGUCCUCCGGCGGAAAAUAGGGUAUCGUACCGGCUGCUCCUUCGCCUCACUACCGUGUCUCACCCACUUUUCAUGUGUCUCUCCUGAGGCCGGUGAUUCCUGAUCCUCUGGCUGAUGCCGUCCCCCGGGGUACACCCCCCCCCGCUCCUGGACAUUGACGGGAGUCCGGCGUAUGCGGUGAGGGACCUGCUGGACUCCAGGUUCCGUGGGAGACGGCUCCGUUACCUGGUGGACUGGGAAGGGUAUGGUCCUGAGGGGAGGAGCUGGGUUCCGGCUGGGGACGUUCUGGAUCCCAACCUAAUUCGGGACUUCCACCGUCGCCACCCUGACCGGCCCGCUCCUCAUCCUCGGGACGUCCGGGGGCGGUACUGUCAUGUUUUUUUAUUUUUUUAUUUUAUUUUAUUUUAUUUAACCAGGUAAGCCAGUUAAGAGCAAGUUCUCAUUUACAACUGCGACCUGGCCAAGAUAAAGCAAAGCAGUGCGAUAAAAACAACAACACAGAGUUACAUAUGGGAUAAACAAAACAUACAGUCAAAAACACAAUAGAAAAUCUAUAUACAGUGUGUGCAAAUGUAGUAAGUUAUGGAGGUAAGGCAAUAAAUAGGCCAUAGUGCAAAAUAAUUACAAUUUAGUAUUAAUACUGGAGUGAUAGAUGUGCAGAAGAUGAUGUGCAAAUAGAGAUACUGGGGUGCAAAUGAGCAAAAUAAAUAACAAUAUGGGGAUGAGGUAGUUGGGUGGGCUAAUUACAGAUGGGCUGUGUACAGGUGCAGUGAUCGGUAAGCUGCUCUGACAACUGAUGCUUAAAGUUAGUGAGGGAGAUAAGAGUCUCCAGCUUCAGAGAUUUUUGCAGUUCGUUCCAGUCAUUGGCAGCAGAGAACUGGAAGUUAUGGGGGCCAAAGGAGGUGUUGGCUUUGGGGAUGACCAGUGAGAUAUAACUGCUAGAGCGCAUACUACGGAUGGGUGUUGCUAUGGUGACCAAUGAGCUAAGAUAAGGCAGGGAUUUGCCUAGCAGUGAUUUAUAGAUGACCUGGAGCCAGUGGGUUUGGCGACGAAUAUGUAGUGAGGGCCAGCCAACAAGAGCGUACAGGUCACAAUUGUGGUUACUGUAUGGGGCUUUGAUGACAAAACGGAUGGCACUGUGAUAGAUUACAUCCAAUUUGCUGAGUAGAGUGUUGGAGGCUAUUUUGUAAAUGACAUCGUCGAAGUCAAGGAUCGGUAGGAUAGUCAGUUUUACGAGGGCAUGUUUGGCAGCAUGAGUGAAGGAGGCUUUGUUGUGAAAUAGGAAGCCGAUUCUAGAUUUAACUUUGGAUUGGAGAUGCUUAAUGUGAGUCUGGAAGGAGAGCUUACGGUCUAACCAGACACCUAGGUAUUUGUAGUUGUCCACAUAUUCUAAGUCGGACCCGCCGAGAGUAGUGAUUCUAGUUGGGCGGGCAGGUGCAAGCAGCGUUCGAUUGAAGAGCAUGCAUUUAGUUUUACUAGCGUUUAAGAGCAGUUGGAGGCUACGGAAAGAGUGUUGUAUGGCAUUGAAGCUCGUUUGGAGGUUUGUUAACACAGUGUCCAAUGAAGGGCCAGAUGUAUACAAAAUGGUGUCAUCUGCGUAGAGGUGGAUCUCAGAGUCACCAGCAGCAAGAGCGACAUCAUUGAUAUACACAGAGAAUAGAGUCGGCCCGAGAAUUGAACCCUGUGGCACCCCCAUAGAGACUGCCAGAGGUCCAGACAACAGGCCCUCCGAUUUGACACAUUGAACUCUAUCUGAGAAGUAGUUGGUGAACCAGGCGAGGCAGUCAUUUGAGAAACCAAUACUUUUUAGUCUGCCAAUAAGAAUGCGGUGUCUCCUCCUGUUGCUCCCCUCCCGCGCUCUGAUUCGCCGGUCUACUGAGCCACCGGUCUGAGCGCACCACCUCGGCAACACCGGAAUGGAAACCCAACGCACCCUAAUCACCUCCAGCGCACCUGUACCUCAUCAUCUCAUCACCAGCCCUAUAUAGCCCUGGACUGUUCCGUGUUGUGUUGUGUGUGAUUGUUAGUGUCUGGUCGUGUACUCGCUCUUCGUUGUUCUCUUGCUCAGUGUUAAGUAAACCUUUACAUUGUUGAUUCCUGCGUCUGUGUCCUGCCUCUUUAUAUCAUUAUGAUGCUGAAUACUGCAGUAGUCUUUGACAGUAACAGAUCAUGAUGCUGAAUACUGCAGUAGUCUUGGACAGUGACAGAUCAUGAUGCUGAAUACUGCAGUAGUCUUGGACAGUGACAGAUCAUGAUGCUGAAUACUGCAGUAGUCUUUGACAGUGACAGAUCAUGAUGCUGAAUACUGCAGUAGUAUUGGACAGUGACAGAUAAUGAUGCUGAAUACUGCAGUAGUCUUGGACAGUGACAGAUAAUGAUGCUGAAUACUGCAGUAGUCUUGGACAGUGACCGAUAAUGAUGCUGAAUACUGCAGUAGUCUUGGACAGUGACAGAUCAUGAUGCUGAAUACUGCAGUAGUCUUGGACAGUGACAGAUAAUGAUGCUGAAUACUGCAGUAGUCUUGGACAGUGACAGAUCAUGAUGCUGAAUACUGCAGUGUUAUUUCCAUACUACGACUCACCAGUCAAAGCUGAAUCUAUGUUUUUUUUUGUUUUUUUAUUAGCUAGGUGGUCAUAGCUCUACAUGUGUUCUGAACCAGCUAGAGGGGUGGUUACAAUAUACUGUAGCUGUCGCUAUGUGGAUGAAUUCACUAGGUGCUCGUGUAAGUACAGUAUUUUGAAAACACUGACCUUGCCUAAUCUUUUUGGAUUCAUGUCAUGUUUUGUAUGUUUAGUACAUUGUCCCUCAUACCGGAAACAUUAUGUUAAAGUUCCACAGUCAUUGUGCUGUAAGUCAUAGUCAGCCUUUAUUUCAGCCUUGAGAUAGAGAACAAGCAGCAGGUAUGACUGAACAGAAAAACAGAGAGAGAUAAAAUGGUAGUGGAGAAGGAGAGGCAGACAGAUCUGGACUGUAUGCACAUCACAUCAGCACUGUCUGUUGCAGCAGACUGUCUCUCAGUACAGAGACGACCUCUAGUGGAGAGCUCCUUGAGCAUGUCAGUCAAAUAGAAUAGAAUAGAAUACAAUAGAACAGAACCGAUUAGAACACAGUAGACUUUAAUAGAAUAGAUACACAAGGAGAGCUCUGCAGACUGGAAUAAAUAGCAUAGAACAGAGCAGAACAGAACAGAAUAGAACAGAAUAGAGCAGAAUAGAACAGAUCAGAAUAGAAUAGAACAGAUCAGAUCAGAAUAGAACAGAAUAGAACAGAACAGAAUAGAGCAGAAUAGAACAGAACAGAAUAGAGCAGAAUAGAACAGAAUAGAAUAGAGCAGAAUAGAGCAGAACAGAAUAGAGCAGAAUAGAACAGAACAGAGCAGAAUAGGACAGAUCAGAACAGAAUAGAGCAGAACAGAACAGAACAGAACAGAACAGAAUAGAGCAGAAUAGAACAGAACAGAGCAGAAUAGAACAGAUCAGAACAGAAUAGAGCAGAACAGAACAGAACAGAACUGAACAGAAUAGAGCAGAAUAGAACAGAAUAGAGCAGAAUAGAGCAGAAUAGAACAGAAUAGAACAGAAUAGAACAGAAUAGAACAGAAUAGAGCAGAAUAGAACAGAACAGAACAGAAUAGAGCAGAACAGAACAGAAAAGAGCUGAAUAGAACAGAACAGAGCAGAAUAUAAUAGAACAGAAUAGAGCAGAACAGAACAGAACAGAGCAGAAUAGAACAGAACAGAGCAGAAUAGAACAGAAUAGAGCAGAAUAGAACAGAACAGAACAGAAUAGAGCAGAACAGAACAGAACAGAGCAGAAUAGAACAGAACAGAACAGAGCAGAAUAGAACAGAAUAGAGCAGAAUAGAACAGAACAGAACAGAAUAGAGCAGAACAGAACAGAACAGAGCAGAAUAGAACAGAACAGAGCAGAAUAGAAUAGAACAGAACAGAAUAGAGCAGAACAGGACAGAACAGAGCACAAUAGAACAGAACAGAGCAGAAUAGAACAGAAUAGAGUAGAAUAGAACAGAAUAGAGCAGAUUAGAACAGAAUAGAGCAGAAUAGAACAGAACAGAAUAGAACAGAAUAGAACAGAAUAGAGCAGAAUAGAACAGAAUAUAACAGAAUAGAACAGAAUAGAACAUAAUAGAACAGAUCAGAUCAGAAGAGAACAGGACAGGACAGCUGUGCAGCCUGCCUCAGUCAUUGGAACAAUCACAACAAUCCAGAAGCACAUUACGUUACAGCAGAGAUGGAAAAGUGUGAAGAGAACAACUUCCUGGGACACACACAUUGUGUCAGGAGACAUGUUAUACCAGAAGUGCCCAGGGCAGCUGGAGGCCAUACAACAGACACAGAGUUUUACUAUACUUUAUCCAUAAUGCCUUUAACAUAACACACAUAACACAUGAUAUGAUUCUUAGAAUCCACUCUCCACUCCAUAUGUAUUACCAUAAACACUGCAUGGAAUGGGAUGUGGGGAAUUUACAAAGAAGAAAACAUGAACAGUUGGAGAUGCAGUAUGUUCCCACUGCAGGAUAAAAUACCCAAAAAUAUAAUAAUUGAUUCCUACCUCAUACUCAGCGGAUCAUCUCAAUUUAAUUAAUCUCUCUCUCCCCCCUCUCCUCUCUAUCCCCCUCUCUCUCUCUCUCUCUCUUCUCUCUCUCUCUCUCUCUCUCUCUCUCGCUUCUCUCUCUCUCUCUCUCACUCUCUUCUCACUCUCUCUCCUCCUCUCUCUCUCUCUCUCGUCUCUCUCUCUCUCUCUCUCUCUCUCUCUGUCUCUCUCUCUCUCUCUCUCUCUCUCUCUCCCUCUCUCUCUCUCUCUCUCCUCUCUCUCUCUCUCUCUCUCCUCGUCUCAUUCUCUCUCUCUCUCUCUCUGCUCUCUCUGACGCGGGGGUCCCUCUCUUCUCUCAUCGGCGUCUAUCCCUCUCUUCUCUCUCUCUCUCUCUCUCUCUCUCUCUGCUCUCCCAUCUCUUCUCUCUAUCGUCUUUCUCUCACUCUCUCUGUCUGUCACUCUCUCUGUCUCUUACUCUCUCUGUCUCUCACUCUGUCUCUCACUCUCUCUGUCUCUCUCUCUCGCUCUUUCUCUCUCGCUCUCUUUAGUUCUCUUUUUUUCAAUUAAAUUCAAAUAGCUUUA